AUGCUUUCCUCCGAAGGCUCUCCUUCGCACUGGCCCCAGUUCGUUCAAAUUCUCGCUGAAGAUCGAGACGCCACCAGUGAGAAUACUCUAGUGAGAAGUGGUGCGCCGUCUCCCGACCCAAAUACUUGGCACCUCCCUCCUUCGAGGCGAUGGGAAGACGAACGAUCUGGCAGAGUCUGGACACGCCCGUCAAACCCCAUUUCCGAGGGGCCUUUCGUGAUCUACGAAGAUCCUCCUGGUCGUGAAGUGCCAGUGAUCGAGCCAGCGGAGCCUGGUGACCGGGCCAAUAACCAUGAAAAUGGGCGAUUUUCCGACAAUGGCGGCCCUGACAAAGAGAACGUGGAUCCGGCUACGAUCGCGCCUGAUGUCAAUCCCGUCGACCCCUUUGGCCUGUCGCUGGACCCUCGCAUAGUCGAAUUUGACCAGUACCAUGACGACUAUGCUGGAGAUGACAGUUGGCCCAGGAUUAAUGGCCGACGGGUACUGCGGACGCUCUGGACCGACCCGACCCAGGAAAGCGAGAACCACGAUCUGACUUAUGAUAGUCAGGCAAUUCAGACAGGUCGACUUAGAUUAGGUAGUGACCGUCGGAGCCCCUACGCCCACCUGCCUCUGAGUGCGCCCGCUCGUCGUGCUGGUCCUCGUCGCACCGGUCCUCGUCGCACCGGUCCCCAUCGCACCGCUGCUCGUCGUGAUGGCGUUCGUCGUUCUCUGGACUUUGACCCACCGGAGGUCCGUCAGACCACACCUGAGAUCGAGGACGAGGCGGAUGAUGAGGCCAGCGACGCCCGGAACGCGGAGACCGAAAAUCGCUAG